AUGCGGGGUCGAGACAAGUUGCGUCGCUUGAGCGACACGACCUUUGCCAUUGCGGUCGUGUCCAUGAUGGGUUUUGGCCUCCAUGAACUCAUCAACGUCAAGCCGACGGACAAGUGCCCACUCUGCAGCAGCAAGACGCCUCAGCCGCGACUGACCCGCGAGCACCUGCUGACCUGCCGUCCCAUCAAGCGACACAACGCCCUUCGCGACGAGAUGGGCCGCCUGCUCAGGUACGCCACCCUCUCCCAUGUCUGGGUGGAAAAGUCUGGCUACAACGCCAACGGUCAGAGCUGCCGCAUCGACCUGCACUGCCGCAACCCCUUUCCCGGCGGUGCCUUGGGCCCAGCUCUGCCCGACCUGGGCAUUGACGUGACUGUGCGCACAGCCCAACCCCCGACCACCUCGCAAGCCUGCAUCAAGGUGGGCGCUGCCCUUCGCCGAGCCGAAAAGGAGAAGCGCGACUACUACACCGGUUUCAACCAUGGAAAAACUCUGAUCGUCCCUGCGGCGAUGACGACAACCGGUGGGUUCGCCUCCUCCUUUGUGGAUCUGCUUGGUCAGCUCGCCCGCUGCGCCGAGGCCCGUGGUGUGUACCAGCCGGGGCUGGAUGAGGCCUUUGUUCCUCGGUGGAAGGGUCGCUUUGCGGCGCUGGUCCAUCAGAUGAACGCUGACCACAUCCAGCGCCACUUUGGCGGUGUCUGCCUGCGCUCGUCGUAG